GGCAGUUGUGCUGCCGUAAAAAAAAAAAACAAAAUAAACAAGUUGGCGUAAAAAUUUUGCAGUUGGGUAAAAUGCCAAAAUCCUAAAAAAAACCCAUCAAAAUAUUGUUAAAAUGGAUAAGGAACCAAAGCAAGAAUCUAAAGAUGUACCCGCACGGCCAUUUAAAUUGGCGCAUCAAAUUGUGAGCUUGACGGGCAUAAGUUUCGAACGGAAGAGCAUAAUAGGUGCUGUGGAGUUAACGAUUGUGCCUACAAAAGAAAAUUUGCGGUUGAUAAGGUUGAAUGCCAAGCAGUGCCGCAUUUAUCGAAUACUUUUGAAUGAUGUGUGCGAGGCGGAGUUUUUCUACUUCGAUCCCUUCUUGGAUAUCUGUCAGGGAGAUACAAAAGUACGCUCACUGGAUGUGUAUUCCAAAAAUCACUUAGCAGCCGCGCAGAAAACAGACCCAGACGUCAACUCCGGCGAAUUAUUGAUACAAAUUCCACCAGAGGGUUAUCACAUGAUCCAAGAAGGCCGCGGUUUGCGAAUAGGAAUAGAAUUCUCGAUGGAGGACCCUCAAGGAGGCAUACAUUUCGUCAUUCCACCAACAAGUGAGGAUGAAAUACUGCCCAAUAGUGCACAUAUGUUCACGUAUGCAUAUGAGAAUUCGACGCGUUUAUGGUUUCCUUGUGUCGAUAGUUUCGCAGAUCCUUGCACUUGGAAACUCGAAUUUACUGUGGACAAACACUUAACUGCUGUGUCUUGCGGUGAAUUAAUCGAAGUUGUUAUGACACCAGAUUUGAGGCGUAAAACAUUUCACUAUUCGCUAACAACACCUGUAUGUGCUCCAAAUAUCGCACUUGCUGUAGGCCCCUUUGAGAUCUACGUCGAUCCACACAUGCAUGAGGUCACACAUUUUUGUCUACCACAGCUCUUACCACUUUUGAAAAAUACAGUGCGCUACUUGCACGAAGCAUUUGAGUUUUUUGAAGAAACGCUAUCCACGCGUUAUCCUUUCUCCUGCUACAAACAAGUUUUUGUAGACGAGCUUGAUACAGAUAUCAGUGCUUAUGCCACGUUGAGCAUAGCUUCUGUGCAUCUCAUGCAUUCCAUUGCUGUCAUCGAUCAAACUUAUAUAACGCGUACAUUAAUGUCGCGUGCCAUAGCAGAACAGUUUUUUGGCUGUUUCAUUACAUCACAUCAUUGGUCUGAUACUUGGUUGGCUAAAGGCAUUGCUGAAUAUUUAUGUGGCCUGUAUUCACGAAAGUGUUUUGGAAACAAUGAGUAUCGGGAAUGGGUUCAAUCGGAAUUGGCGCGUGUAGUGCGCUAUGAAGAGCAGUAUGGUGGAAUUAUUCUUGAUUGUAGUCAGCCACCGGCUCCACUACCAGUGUCAAGUACGAAUCCUGCAAGUGCGACUAGCAAACAAACAGAAAUCGUGCAUUAUUUUCCUAUCAAAAGUUUACAUACGGUUUCGCCUAAAUAUGUCGAAGCAAUGAGGCGUAAGGCUCAUUUGGUUAUACGAAUGUUGGAACACCGCAUCGGACAAGAGUUACUUAUACAAGUUUUUAAUAAACAACUGGUGCUGGCUACUAAUGCAGCGGUGACAAAAAUUGGCUCCGGUUUAUGGCAUCACUUGCUUAUUUCCACCAAUAUCUUUAUCAAAGCUAUUUUCACUGUAACUGGCAAAGAUAUGUCUGUUUUCAUGGAUCAGUGGGUGCGUACUGGUGGGCAUGCGAAAUUCUCUUUUACUUCGGUGUUCAAUCGCAAACGUAACACAAUUGAACUAGAGAUAAGACAAGAUUUUGUAAAUCAACGAGGCGUCCGUAAAUAUAAUGGACCCUUACUGGUACAACUACAAGAACUGGACGGCACAUUCAAACAUAUGCUACAGAUUGAAAAUACUGUAGUGAAGGCAGAUAUUACUUGUCACUCGAAAAGCCGACGUAAUAAAAAGAAAAAAAUUCCACUAUGUACGGGAGAAGAAGUCGAUAUGGAUCUCUCUGCAAUGGAUGAUUCACCUGUACUUUGGAUUCGUCUAGACCCAGAAAUGAUUUUAAUACGCGAUCUAAACAUAGAACAACCCGAUUUUCAGUGGCAAUAUCAGUUGCGCCAUGAGCGUGAUGUGACGGCACAGUUUGAGGCUAUAAAAGCCUUAGAGAAAUAUCCAACAAACGCAACACGUUCUGCACUAACGGAUACGAUUGAGAAUGAACGUUGUUUUUAUAAAGUGCGCUGUGAGGCAGCACAUUGCCUUACGAAAGUGGCCAAUCAAAUGGUGACACAAUGGAGUGGCCCACCGGCAAUGUUGAAUAUCUUCAGGAAAUUUUUCGGCUCAUUUAGUGCACCCCAUAUAAUUAAACAGAAUAAUUUUGCCAAUUUUCAGUUAUACUUUUUACAAAAAGUUAUACCUGUCGCAAUGGCCGGCCUACGCACUUCGCAUGGUAUUUGUCCACCCGAAGUCAUACGCUUUCUCCUGGAUCUCUUUAAAUACAAUGAUAACACGCGUAAUCACUACUCAGAUGUUUACUAUCGCGCUGCUUUAGUUGAUGCCUUAGGAAAUUCCAUAACACCUGUUGUUUCCGUCGCUCUACGUGGCACACCAAUUACUUCGGAUAGUCUUUCCGCAGAUGCCAAACUCGUACUUGAAGAGGUCACUCGUCUACUCAAUAUGGAAAAGAACUUACCUUCAUACAAAUAUAUGGUAUCUGUUUCUUGUCUUAAAGUGAUACGAAAACUACAAAAAUGUGGCCACUUGCCUUCGCUGCCGAAAAUCUAUCGCUGCUAUGCUGCUUAUGGCCAAUAUCUUGACUUACGUAUAGCGGCUAUGGAGUGUUUAGUGGAUUUCGUAAAAGUAGAUGGUCGUUGGGAAGAUUUAGAUCAUUUGAUUACACUGCUUGAAACAGAUCCCGACCCAGCUGCACGGCAUGCGCUUGCACAAUUACUAAUCGACAAUCCACCAUUUACGCGUGAGUCACGUAGUAGCCGCUUAGAUCGGUCAGAGUUGGUAGAGCGAUUGUGGUCAAAUAUGAACAACAAACUGGCGUUCGAUACGAAAUUACGUUGUGAUAUGGUGGAUUUAUAUCAUGCGCUAUAUGGCACAAAACGUCCCUUGUGCUUACAAUCGGCCGAUGUCAGCAACAUGUACAAAGAAAUCAUUAAAGAAGGUACCAAGAAAACCAACACUCCAAUCAGCACUGGCUCUAUUAACGACGUCACUGUAACGCCGCCUCCAAUAAAAGAAGAGAAAGACGAAGUGGUUGAUAUUGUCGAAGAGAAGACCACUAUAACAUCACUGAAACGCACAGCUACCGAGUCGUUUGAAGUAGGCAAUGAAAUUAUCAAACUGGAAACAAGCGAAGAAGUAACUCUGGUUGAGGAUAAUGCAAUUAAAGUGGAGUCAUACGAAAAUGAAAUAAAAGUUAAUGUUGAGCAAGAAGCUGAUACAUCUGUGCACUCACCUGAGCCGAAACGUUUGAAGAGUGAAAUCUUCGAAGAGGAUGACAAUUCUGUAACAAUUAUCGAUAUUGGCGAGACGACUAUAACAAAAGCAGAUAGCAGUUUUGAGGCAAGUAAAACCGACGCCGAAAGCAGACAUAAGGCGGAAAUCUCAUCAAAGCAAAAAAAGAAAAAGAAAGACAAAAAGAAGCACAAACACAAGCAUAAGCACAAGCACAACAAGGAGAAGGAGCGUGACAAGGAACGUGAGCGCAAGGAUAAAAAAGAUCCCAACAUAUCGCGCAUCCAAGCUAAAGAAGCUACGCCUGAAACACUCAGUUCAGCAGAUAGUAGCAAUUCAAAUAGCAAUCCACCAACGCUAAAUUUUACAUAAGCACACUACAAUAUAAUAAUUAUUUUUUAUACAAUUUACUUUUAUAUACAUUCAGUAAUUUGCUAAUAUUACACGCAACAAGUUUGUUGAGAGCUUAAAGUUUUCUAGCAGCAUUUUUUACAAUAUACAUACAUAUACAUAUAUGUAUAAUAAUAACUUUAAUAAAAUUUGAACUACGUUUUCGUAAAAUGCAUUGCAAAAAUGAAUGUAUGGAUAUAUAUGUCUAUGUAUGAUUUUUUUUUAUAAAUUCUCUACUAUUCAUUUUCAAAUGCUGCAUAGGUUUUACUUGAACGUCAUAGUGUUUCGUUUGUUUCGAAAUAUACGCGUACUCUAUGAUAUUUAAAAUUAAAAAUUACAUACAUAUAAUUACAUAAUUAUAAAUAAAUGUGCAUUACAGUGCCAACUGAAACUUAUUUAAUAGCAAGUGGGCCGUUGCGCAAUAUUCCGUA